UCACUAUACUUCAUCAAAUAUAGUAAAGGCUCCGAAAUAGCGAGCGAAUAUAUAUAUAUAUAUAUAUAUGUAGGGAGGGAGAGAAGAGAUAGGGUGUCGGAUCAAAACUCAAGCGGUCCAGAUCGUCCGAAAAACGCCGGUUCCGGCGACGGCGAACUCCUCACCGGAAAAAAAAUUAGAAAAAAAAAAAAGAAAAGAAAAGAAAAUCUACGGAGGAGGAGUUCUCCGUUUAGGAUGAUCGAGAACCACCGGCAGAGGAAAGGAGCGAAGCACGUGGACAAUAUUAUCAUCGAAGCAGCUGCAGUUGCUGAAGUUUCUAAUUCGGAGAAGAAGAAGAAGAAGAUGGAGAUGAUGGAGAUGGAUACGAAGAGGAAAAGACCGCGUUUGGUUCGGUUCCAGGAUUUGCCUGAUUAUCUGAAAGAUAACGAGUACAUUUUGGACCAUUACAGGUGCGAAUGGCCAUUGAAGGACGUCUUCUUCAGCCUCUUUUCCCUCCAUAACGAAACCUUCAACAUCUGGACGCAUCUGUGGGGGUUUGUGAUAUUCGUGGGAUUGACGGUGGUUAGCUUGACGGAGAAGCUCGGUGGCGUGCUUUGGAAUUUCUCCAGGGCUUCGGUGUCGAGAUCGUUGACGAUGAUGACGGUGAUGAAGGAUGCGAAGAACAUCAACGUAUCCAACAGCAGCGCUUUGCCGGUGCGUAUCAACGUCGUUGAGGGUUCACAACACCUAACCUUCAAUUCAUACAAGGAAGAUAGUCCAGACACAAUCCCCAUAUGGCCUUGGUAUGUCUUCUUAGGAGGGGCAAUGGGCUGCUUAAUAUGCAGCUCCCUAUCCCACCUCUUAGCAUGCCACUCCAAACGCUUCAACUUUUUCUUCUGGCGACUAGAUUAUGUAGGCAUUUCCCUUAUGAUAGUCUGUUCCUUCUUUGCUCCCAUAUACUAUGCCUUCUUCUGCAACCCGGUAGCCCGCACCUUCUAUCUCACUUCCAUAUCCGUCCUUGGUGUCCUCGCCAUCAUUACCCUUCUAGCUCCGGUUUUCUCAGCACCAAAAUUCCGACAGUUCAGGGCAUUCCUAUUCCUGAGCAUGGGUUUAUCAGGCGUUGUUCCUGCAGUUCAUGCUGUUGUACUCCAUUGGGGAAGUAGUCAUAUAUUCGUUGCGCUUGGCUACGAGCUUGCCAUGGCUGUUUUCUAUGCAGCGGGUGUUGGUUUCUAUGUUAGCAGGGUACCGGAGCGUUUGAAGCCCGGUAAGUUUGAUAUUGCAGGACAUAGCCAUCAGAUAUUCCAUAUAUUUGUUGUUCUUGGUGCAUUAGCUCACAGUGUUGCUACACUAGUUCUUUUGGACUUCCGACGUGGAUCACCAAUCUGUGUAUAGUAGGGCAUGGUGUUUCCACAAGUUAGGUAGACAUCACUCUGGGUGAGGCACACCAGUUUCUUGUGUGCUUUGUGUUGUUGUCUGUUGUUGUUCUUGAAUUGUAAAACUAAAUGAAAAUGAAAAAAAAACCAAAAAAAAAAAAAAAGUAGAAUAUAUAAUGCCUUGAUUAAUUUUUACUGAAAAA